GUCAGAUUUUACUCCACAAAUUUUACACCAGCUAGGCUAACAGCUGAUCUGUCUCACCGGCCAGCUGUCUCGUUUUUAAUAUUUAUUGGUUUCAUAAACUCAGAACAAUGCCCGACGAUUCUAAAAAGAGCCAUGACAAGAAGAAAAGUGAUCCAAAAGAGCAGAGGCGACCACGCCAAAGAAACCAGCAGGGUUCGGAGAAAAAGCAAGAGAAAAAACCUGAGGAGCCUAAGAAUGUGCCAAAAGUACCUCAAAAGCCUGCCCACGAGAGUCCUCCACCAGAGUUCUAUAAGAACUUAAAACGAGAGACAGAUGAAAUUCUAAAAAUUACAGAGGAAGAGAACUCUAAAUAUAAAAAGAAGGAAAUACAAAGCAACUGGUCUAAAUAUGAGAUGCCCAUUGAGAGUUAUGAUGAAAUCGAGGAACAAGAAAACCUUGGAGCUGAUUAUGAGAAACUCAUAAAUGCUCCAAUGUCAAUAGGCGGUCACUUUCAAUUUAAACAUGAAAAGUCCUGGGACCUAAACACAGGCCCCUCGUUAUACGACAAAUAUUUUGAAAUCAACAUGGAUGACCUUCACACUGCCCUCAACACCAUACCAUUUUACGAAAGGAACUCAAUAAAUGAGGAUGUAUUUAGUGAAACUGAUAUUUUAACUAUGAAUAACAGAUCAACUAGGUUCAAACAAAAGUAUUAUAAUGAUAAAUCAUACUCAACACCGGAAACUGAGGCAUUAGACAAAAUAUGCAGUACUCUUUCUGAGGGUGUGCAUGAGAGUAUAGAGAAACAUAAAAAUAGUGAUUACAUAGACUCGAAAUCCAAUAGUCAUGACAUAACUGAAGAUAAUACUGACGAAAGUCAUGUUAAUUUAUCAAACAUGGAAACAAAAGCCAAUACAGAAACAAAUAAUCAAGAAAAUGUUAUGAAGACUGAAGUUAUAGAAAAAAUAGAACCUACAAUUAAACCUGAUGUUCCUAAUAUAGAAAAUUGUGCAAAAGAUGAUAUUGAUUUUAAUUUCAAAGAAGAUUCAAUAACAUCUGGAAGGGUAGAAAUUGUAAAACUAAUUAGUGAUGAACCUAUUAAGGCGACAGUUCCCAGUAUACCCAAUACACCUGUUGCCCCUAAAGUGGAACCUGUUGUUGCUAAAGUUCCUGCCACUCAAGACUCUGUACCAAAGAAGAACCCAGUUAUCGAAUCUCCUGAAGAUCUCGAAAAGUGGCUUGAUGAUUUUUUAGACGGGUAAAAACACUUACCUCGAUCGUCGCUCACAUUUCAGAACACAUAGUUUUUACGCUUGUGUCAUUAUCACUAUACAAUAACACAAACCCAGAGAGCAUAGCUAGAUAAACCACGAGUGCCAUAAGUGCCAUAAAUAAUACAUUUCGGGUAUGCUAAUGUUUUUUCGAAUGGGUGUAAAUAGUAUUGUAAAUUAUAAUCCGAAAGUCUGACAUUCAAGUAAAAAGAGCACCCACGAUUGUUGGUCCUUCAAAAAUAGUUAAUCAGACACUUGUAUGACUAAUCACAAUUUCCCGUAUUGCAGAUUAGAAUUGAAUUACAACUUUAGAAUGGCCAUGUGAAUUUAUAAACUACAUAUUCGUCUAAUCUAUAAAUGUAAAAAACAUUGUAUAUUAUUUAUGUUAAGGUUUAAAAUUUUGUAAUU